AUGUCCAACGACAUUGAACUUGAAGACUUUUCUAGCAGGAGACGUACAGCGUACUCGAACGAUGGAACUACUAAUAUAGACUCAGUUGAUGAAACCUUUGCCAGCCGCCAAGACGGAGCAAUAGGUCUUUGGGCUUGGGUUUCAGCGGCCUUCCUUAUUGUGUUUUCUACAAGCUUGACACUGUUUCCAAGGUUUCUCCUCUUCAUGACGGAACCGUCAGGGGGACGAAAUGUACUCUCACCCCUUGAAUCCUUCCUCGCGGAACAACUUGGCAUUGCGAUGGGCGCAAUCGCACUCACUCUGAUAGUAACAAUUCCAAACGCUCCGCCUAUCGGUUUCCAGCACGAUGAGCAUGUGAACUCCCAUCCCCUCCUCGUGCCCGUCACUUCUGCCUCAGUUCUUUUGGCAUUCCUUUCUUACAAUAAAAGUGAUGUCGGCUCUUUUGGCAAAUUCAUUUUUCUAGGGACAUCUUUUGUCGGGUUAUUCGGACUAUGGGUGCUUCUUUUUGCGGGGCCAUCUGUGAUUUCGAAGAAGACUGGAGCUGACAAGCGCACCUCCACAUUCAUAUUCGGGAACAGAAACGCGGCUUCUGCCCGCAAAAAGGAGUGGAGCAAGCAACAGACAAGGAACAAGAGCUCGUAA